UGUCAUUGCCGAGCUUGUCGUCUGGUUCCUGGAUGCCAAUAAAUCCUCACGCGGACCCUGCAGCACCACACUUACGAUUGCCAUCUAACACCCAGCGCACGCAAGCUGAUUGCGUUACCCCCCAAGCUUUUUAGUACCUUUACUCUCGUUUCUUUAUGGACAAACAACACUGGUGAAUCGCUCGAGUACCGAGCUACGCGCACCCUCUUCCGGCUCUUUUCCUUCGAUCUUGGCAACACUUGGUGCCAUUGGGUGACCAAAAGACAUUGAAACAACGCCAAAGUCAACAGUCCCACUCAAUAUGGCGAGCGCGAGGAUAUGGGCGACGCCCAUCAUAAACGCGCGCGGCGUCGCUCCUCGCGCAUUAUCACCACAAGCCUCAUACGUUACCGGUCGACACUAUGCCUACCAACGCCUGCCAGCCUUCACAUACAUGCGAUAUUCCUCUAGCUCCGACUCCAGCGGAAAAAGCGAUGCGAGCUCCACCACCUCCCGUUCCUCGUCGAGCUCUACCACCACCACCACGACGAAGCCCAGCAAGCGCGAAACGGCCAAGGGCAAAUACAACCUAUAUGGAGACAACUGGGAGGACACGGCUGAUUUCGCCAUCAAGUCAUUCAGCGACCUGCCGCACGAGAUGUUUGGGCACAAUCAGCACAUGCUGAUCAACUACGACCUCAAGGAAGCCAUGCGCCUGAUGCUUCGUCAGUUCAACGCCCCUAUUGUCUACUGCUUCGCAUACGGGUCAGGAGUCUUCCCGCAAGAGGAAGCGGGUCGGAGCAUCAGCGAGGCGGAUUUUCGGUCUGUUCACCCCAAGCCACCGAAGGCAUUGAUCGAAUCGCAAAAAGGCGCCCCCAAGAUGAUUGACUUUAUCUUUGGCGUGUCGCACACGCAGCACUGGCAUUCAAUCAAUAUGAAGCAGCAUCGCAAUCACUACUCAGGGGUUGCCUCGCUGGGCUCCGGGCUCGUGUCGCGUGUGCAGGACUGGGGCGCAGGAGUCUACUUCCACCCGUACGUGGAGGUCAACGGCAUGCUCAUCAAGUACGGCGUUACGAGUAUCGAUAACUUGGUCACGGAUCUAUCGACCUGGGAUAGCUUGUAUCUCGCGGGACGGCUGCAGAAGCCAGUCAAGAUCCUGCGUGAUCAUCCUCAGGUCCGUCUCGCCAACCAGCACAACCUCAUCGCGGCAUUGCGGACGGCGCUGCUGCUCCUGCCGCCUGACUUCACAGAGGCGCAGCUGUAUAGCGCUAUCUCCGGUAUCAGCUACUUGGGCGACCCACGGAUGUCUCUGCCGACUGAGAACAGGUCCAAGGUGGACAAUAUUGUGUCCAACAACAUGGUUCAUUUCCGUCGUCUCUACGCGCCAUUGAUCAAGACGCUGCCUAACGUAACGUUCCUUGACAACUGCCGUCUUGACGACGAGAACUGGGUGCUCAACCCCAAGGCGAACAGCAGGCUUCAGCAGGACAUGGACCCCUCGCCACGAGGCAACAUGGUGCGCCGGCUACCCCCCAAAUUCCGCUCCAAGCUCUACUUCCAGUACCAGAAAAAGCUCAGCUUGCCCAAGGAGGAGUUCAACAAGAUGAUGAAGGCUUCGACAGACGACGAAGGCAAGCGGCAAGGCGGGGAGUUUGAGAAGCGCAUCGCCGAAGACGACCCUGCCGCGCUGACCCAGACCGUCAGGCAAGUCAUCAAGCAGACCGUCAACUGGCCGAGCACCGUGCAAAGUCUCAAGGGCCCCGUGAUGAGCGGAUGGAAGAGGACGUUCCGCUAUCUCGGCGAAAAGUACGCAAAGUACAAGAAGGGCUCUGAUGCGGAAGCGGCAGCAAAGAAGACUGCGCAAUCACAGGAAGGGUCUAAAGAGAGCGAGAAAACCAAAACUUCCGAGGCCUCCGAGGAGAAGAAGGAAUGAAAGAGGCUGUUUGUUCAUUGUAUAAAAUUUGCACGUACGGCAUCACCUUGACAGCAUCUUGCCGGAUGGCAAAGGGGGCGGGAGGCAACAGCGGUGUUUUGAUUCAGCGGACACGAGGUGUUAUGGACAAGGGAUAGAUUUGUAGCUCGCCCUCUGGGGCUCUGUCAAAACUCACCAUCUUGACAGACAACACGUAAAAUAUGUCCAAAC